GUAUUUAAUUCAAAAAUAAUUUCACGCAAAUUUUCAUUUAAAAAAAUCUUGUUACUUAAAAUGUCUCCAGCGUUUACUCAGCUAUAUAUUCUCAUUCUUUGCUGCAGUUAUACAGUUUCUGCCGUAGACGAAGCAUUUUUAACAAAUCCGCCAGAUUACAUCAAAGAAUGUCAAAUCGCUGAUAAAAAUUUUAUAAAUUGCUCAACACAAAGUAUACAACAACUUUUUGAUAAAUUAAACGAUGGCAUACCCGGUUUGAAUAGCAUCAAAAGCUUCGAUCCAUUCUAUCUAAACCGGAUACGUAUUACGCAAGGCAACAGCAACGCGAUCAACUUGAAAGUCGAGUUGGCAAAUGUGAAAAUCAAUGGUUUCGGCCAUACGAAUGUAUUGGAGAGUAUCGUCUAUCCGAAAGAUUAUAGCUGGAAGACCACAUUCAUGCUGCCUGAAAUGAAAUUACAGGGUGACUACAGUCUAUUUGGUCGCAUUUUGCUGAUACCGUUAAAUGGUCAUGGUGAAGUAUUCUUGGAAGCGGAAAAUAUGACCGUAAUUAUGCACUCGAAAACGCGGCUCUACGAAAAGGGUGGCUUUACUUUCUAUAACGUUACAAAUUGUCGCGUAGACUUCAAGAUAGACGGUUUGAAAUCGUAUUUUUCAAAUCUUUUCAAUGGCAACAAGCAAUUGGAGGACAGCACGAAUAAAUUCUUCAACGACAACUGGCGCAUGUUGGCCGAUGCACUGUACACCGUUAUCACGCAAACCAUAGAGGAUAUUUUGCUGGAUGUGCUGAAGAAAAUAUUCCAUUAUAUACCAGCGAACUUUUUCAUUAACGAUAUACCAACCUCAAAGCAAUUAUAUGGCGGUAGUAAAGGCGCGGGGGCAGAGGCAAGGAGGCCUAAGUGAAAAAGCAAUAAAAUACAUAACCAUGAAAAAAUAUUAAUAAUAUUAAAAAAUUGUAAAU